UUGAAUUCUGUCGGUACACUUCCGCUGCUCCAUGUGUCUUUAUUUUUCUUCACGGAGCUACAGAAAUGGCAAAUAAACGUCAAAAUGACAAUCCUCCCAAAUGCGCUUCAUCUGCAAAGAAAACCAAAUCGGAGGAAAGCGAGUUUAAUGGCACCGUCUUUAAAUCCAUGCUAAAGGAUCCGUCUAAAGCGCUUAAGGGUUUGGAGACCUUCAUAAGAAUCGCAAAGAAACUUCCAUGCGCAGAUCUCUAUGAUGUGGUUGAAGGCUACAUCAAGAUCUCAGUUGAAUGUUCAGACAUCUUAAAAUUACUGGAGGAGGAAAAUCAUUCAGAGGCUGAGAUGCUGGUGAUUUUUCAGAGUCUUGAGAUGAUCUUGCUGAGGACGGCCAGUGAUUUGUCUCACUUGAGUAUGGUGGGAUCCAACAUAGUUAACAAGAUGGUUUCCACUCACAUGAAACUUCUGCUCACCUCGCUAUAUUCAGAGAAUUACCGGUUUGUGCGCCAGUGUUUGUGUUUGCUGUCCGCUAUGGUUUCUCAGGGAGCUGAAGCUGCUCGUGACAUCUUCAGUCACAUUCACUUCAGCAAAGGUCUCUCUGGACUCGCCCGCAGAAGAGACAAAACGGGAAAGCCUGAUGUAAGAAUGGCUUAUAUACAGUUUCUCCUCUCGUUCCUUAUGUCUGGAGACAACACAACUAUUGGGCAGAUACUGGACACUAAAGAUUUACUGUCUGAAAUUUUGACCAAUGGCCUUAAAGACGACAGAAUAUCCACAGUAAACCUGAUUCUGUCCACGCUUCAAACUAGAGUUGUGCAGAAUAAGGCUAUAAGGAAAACUCAAAAGGUUCGCUUCUUCAGUCCUUCAAUACUGGCUCAGAUAGCCUCUCUGUAUAGAUGGAACGGGAUUGUGGAUGUCAGCAUAGAUGAUGAAGAGAAACAGAAUGAUAAAGAGGAAGGAAAGCGUAUAGUGAGAGAUCUGGUGCAUACAUUUCUGCUGGACCUCUGCUGUUCUCGGAAACAUGGGAUUAGUUUUCAUGACCCGAGUCUGGGGACCGUGGGCCGAUCAGGAAACAUUGUUCUCCUGCAGUUUCUGGUGGGCCUUAAGCAGGCGACAGAAGAUGAGAUGGUGGCCGAGCUGGUUGUUAGUAUUCUGAAGGGAAGUCCUGAUAUCCUCACCAGAUACUUGAAGGAAACGCAGUUUUCAUUCACUCCACGCAUCAAGAGCGCCUGGCAGGAUAACAUCUCUCUUCUCAAGAAAAUCUUUGAGGCCCAGCCGCAGGUGUCUACAGCUUUCCAGACACCUGAAAUGAUUCCUUUACCUCGCCUGCUCUCUAUGGUUUUGGUGACGUGUCUCCCUUCAGUGUGUAAUAAAGUCUUCUUCACUCAGGGGCUCAAUUUGCCAAAUGUAGUGGUCCAGCACACAACACUUUCCCUCUUGGCCUUCAUCCUCAAUCGAGCACAGAAGAACAUUGAGUACUGUUUGGACAAGACGGUCUUGGAGAGUUCAGAUAUUUACAGCCCUGCUAUGAUGGAGGAGUUUGUUCAACUCUACAGAGAGGCCCUGAGCAAGACUCUGCCGGACAUGGUGUCUAUCAUUUCCAAAUGGCAGUCAUUGUCGAAGGACAAGGAAGAUGGCGUAAAGAUGACAAACACUGAACUAAAGGAAGAGGACAACAAAAAGAUUGAAGAACAAACAGGACAGGAUGACCCAAAGCUCAUCCUGGUAAAAGCUCUGCUUCUCCAAGUGAUGUGCUUGUAUCAGAGAGUGGUACCUCAUCUUGUCAGCCAGAGCAAAUUCGACUUCAGCAAGCUCCUGAAAGGUGUUGUGACAGAGAGAGGAUUGAAACGGGAAGUUCCUCCAGUUCUGCAGUAUCAGAUUCUUCAGCUGGCUCUUGAACUUCCCGCCAGUAAAUUUUCCUGGUUUCGUGUUCAGGAUUUAGGAGAUUCAGAUCUUGAAAAAGGAGAGAAAUCAGUUUUCUAUUUGUUACUGAAGAUGCUUGUAAGCAGUAAUAGUAACUACUUGAAGACCUCAACCAGGAUGCUUGUCCUUAAAGUUUUGAGAGACAGCGGUGUGUUCGAGCACACAUGGAUGGAGCUGGAGUUAUGGUUGGACCAUCUGACUCAUUUAGACCCAUCACAGCAAGAGACCGUCAUUCAGUUUUUAGACCAGGUUCUGGUCCGAGUGGUUUGUAACCCACAUGUUUAUUCUGAAAAAGUCGCCAGUAUGGUUCAAGAGGCAGCAUACAUGCAGGCUAACCUGAGCGGCCAGGAGGGAGAUGAAGCAAGCAUCCCUAUAUCACACAUUGACGAUGUGCUGGACAUGGUUGAUGUUAUUUUGGAGGGCAGUGAAGGGGACGUUGAUGAGAUCGGACCAUCCCUCACCGAUGACAUCAUCCUGCAGACGUUCCCAUUCAGUGCCAUCGUGCCUGCUGUGCUAGAGGCUCGCAACAAUCUGUCAGCGAGUUUAAAACCUGAAAAAGGUGUGGUGUAUGAGUAUAUAAGUGAGGUCCUGUGUGACGUCCUGCACUGUCAGAGAGACCCGUUGGCUCUGUGUCUGACCCUUCAGCACUAUGAUAAAGAGCUGAACACAUCAGACGCUUCACCACCUCAUCCUUCUGUCAUCACUUAUUACCGCUACUACUCACAGUGGCUACCCAAGCAAACACAAGAGACACUGUUCAUGAGUGAAGAUUUCACUGAGGAGUCCUCUGUUGUUGGCCUCACUGCUCUGCUGAAGGCAUCUUAUAGUAAAGGACCACAGGCUUUCCUUCAGGAUUCUUUUAAAGAGUCUGUACAGGAAGCUCUGACCAAACUGGAUCUGUCCCUGCUUCCAGUGGCUGUCAAUCAAGUGCUUCUUUACAUCAGAACAUCUGUCGUCACUUUUAAUUCGCUUCGCAAGGAGACAGCGGCUGAGGUGUUAAGCAGUCUGAUGGCAGUACUGAACUCUCUCAUACUGAAACUGUUGAGCGCUGAACAGCCAACUCACAUUAAUCCUACAGAACAGCAAGAGGACGGCGAUCUUUUUCUUGAUACAAACUUUGUACCUGCUCAAAACCUUGACAAGGAACAGAUUGUGCGAGCUGUCCUCAGAUCAGUCUUUAAACACUCAGCAUUGGAGCAGUGGUUUUUGGCUCUGGAACUGAGCUCUUUCCCGCCUCACACGCUAAACCCAGUGAGGUUAAAGCAGCUGUGUGGUUGUCUCACUGCAAGCACCCUGAUCCUGCUGGAGUCCAGUGCCGCCACACUCAAAGAGCUGAACGCUUUAGAUGUCAUCACCUCAUACCUGACAGCAACUCACAGAGCCGUGCUAAAAGAACUACACGAGAGAGCAAACAAAAAGUGUCCAAAAAAGGAAUCGCUUUCUAUUCGAGUGCUCCUGACUCUGCACAGCUACCUUGACUCCUCCAGCUUGAAGGAGGUGCUGUCCACACUUCUUCUGCUUCCUCAAGAGUUUCUGGUGGCCAGCGAGAACGAGCUGAGCGUGUAUGGGCGUGCGGUGUUGAGAAUCUUGACAGAUGGCAUGAAUCGGGCAUCUGAAGAGCGCAGCAGCUGUAUUGAUCUUUCACAGGCUCAUCUGCACGGUCUGGCUGCUCUCCUCACAUCCUGUCAGUGUGUUCAUCUUGAGGACUUCCUGUUGCAGUUGCUGUCUCAGGAGCCAGGCAGUGCUAAACUGAUUCAGACAGAUGUCCUCCUGCAUUGCAUUCAUAGAGAAAGUCCCUCAGCCGGGGCCAUUGGUGUUCUUCUGUUACAGAACUGCUCUACACAUCUCCUCAACUUUGAGCUCUGGUGCCUGGAGCCAUCAAACCUCUCACAGGUCACAUCUCAAAGCAGCGCCUUUCUGCUUUUACUUAAUACCUACCUGCAGAGAGCCAACUUAGACGAUCCUUCCCGUCCCAAAGACAUUCAAAAAUCAGUCCUGAAGGCCCUAAAGAAAGCUUUGCUGUCUGAGCUGUGGAGUGCAGUACAGGAAAGAGAAGUUGAGCUUCAUGUUGAAGUCCUGUCCAAUCUCAUCCGACUGGCAGCCACAAACUCUGAUCUCACCCGGAUUAUGAACGAUUUACCUGCCCUUCUUCACAAGCCAGACAGUAAUGAAAGAUGGAAGCUGGCAGACUCCAUCAGUGAUAAGCUGUCUGAUAGUUCAGAUCACCUGUCUGAAUGGAGGAAAUCUCUGUUAUCUGCUGCUCUUCAGUGGCUUUCUGCUGUAUACAAAGAGCAAAAAGACCCACACGUUGAAGAAGAGCCCAUGCUGAAAAGACUUCAGUCACUGAUGAUCUUUCCAGAAAAUGUUGCCAUAUCAAGUUGGAAUUCCUUUGUCAAGUCUGGCCUAAAGUAUCGGUAUCUUGACCCUGGUUUUUUGGGGACCCUAAACCACCUGUUAGAGAUCCUGUAUGAUACACCAGCUAGUCCUAAAGAGUUGUUGCCCUUAGCUACCAUUCAUAUGAUGGUCACCAGCCACUCACUGUUCCUGUCCACAAUGCUUUGCACACAAGAUGAAUCUGACAGUCUUCGUUUGUCUAAAGAGGGAUUAAUAUCUCUUCUGCUCACGCUGGUGAAAAAAUGUCCUGAAGUGUGUAACAGCAAUCACUUUAUUGUGCUUCUCGGCGCCUAUGGAGCAUCGCUGAGCACCAUGGAUCAGAAGAUUUUACUUCUGCUUCAGGAGUAUGAGAAGAACAACAUCAGUCUUACAGAGUUUCAGUAUGUUUUGUGGGGUCCCGCCGCAGUGGAGCAUCACAAAGCCCGAAAGAGUUUGGGACCGUCUCUGUGGCAGAAGCCCAGCUCAGAGCAGCUGCUGUCGCUGCUUAACACAGACAAGAUGAUAAACACAGUCACACAUUUCCCUCAACAGCGAUACAUUAUCCCUCAGGAGAGCAAAACUUUAAUCUACACACAAGAGGAGGACAAACAUUUGGUAGAUAAAUCAUCUCUGUAUGAUCCCUGCUUCCUUCUACCUCUCUUCAGCUUCAUUCUUCGUCCAGAGUGUGUGGUGGACUGCCAUAAGUUUGUUGCCAGUCAUGCAUUGGGUGUUACAGUGGUGGCGCUGAGCAGUUAUGACUCUAAAGUGAGAGCCGCAGCGUAUCAAGUACUGGGCUCCUUCUACCAACAUCUGGAGGGCGCUCGCUUCAGAGAAAAGAGACAGCUACUGUACUUGCUCGACACAGUCAAGAAUGGGAUCCAAAAGCAGAAUAUACGAUUUUCAUCCGUACAUGUGACCUACAUUGCCAAAGUUGCUCAGCAGAUUUUGAGACCUGAGGAACACAUGUACGUGGUGAUAAAUCGAUUUCUUCUGGGAACUCAGUAUCUGGACCUCAAACGAGUUCCUGACUUCUUCAAGCUCUUCUACAGCUUUGAACUUGAGCACAAAAUGGAGCGUGAAUGGGUUUUGAAUGUAUUGGAGGAAGGGCUCAGAGAUAAGCACUGCUAUGAGCUCUGUGAGAAGCAAAAUGUCUUUCAGACUCUUUUGGGUUUUGGGAGCAGUCCACUCUGUGAUCAGUCCUCUCAGAUUCAGAUUGUGAACGUCUUGUGUCAGACCGCUCGGGUCACCAGAGGAGCUUAUGACCUCACCAAAACACACGGAGUCUUAACAUGGAUAUCACAGCUGAUAGGAAAGAGGUAUAUAGACAGCAGGUUAUUGAGUUGUGUCAUUCAGCUGCUCCAUAUGCUGUGGUUCACUAACUUGGGUAAUAAAGAGAAUAAACCAGCAGCAGACGGCACUACUGAAGAACGACAACAACAAAACUCAGGAAAAUGUCUUCCUCUUCCAAUCAUCAAUGAGUUUCUGUGUACACUACUCACAAUCAUCAGACAUCUGGGGAGUGGGGUGGCUGCGCCUCAGCUUAAGGCAUUCCUUCAUACACUCUCCUCUGUACUGAUGCAUUGUGGGACAGCUUUAAAUGCACACAAAGAGGCCGGCUGGCUGACCCUCCAUCCAAGGAAACCUUCUUGCUCUGAACUCCUCAGUCUCCUGCAGCGCUUGGCAAUGUUAGCCCGCGACACCUUACUGCUUUCUGAUCUCCAAACUCUGGCCAACAAACACAAUGUCAAAGAGCUGAUGGGCUCCGGUCGGGAGAAAGGCCAAGGAAAGUGUCAGUCGGGAAAGCACGUUAAUUUUCAAAUUGAAAAACAGGAAGACGCUCAAGAUGGACAAAGCGAUAAACUGGAGCGGACUUUGGAGGAGUGCAAACCUUUACUAAGAAACAUCAUCAUACACUGGGAACCAAAACAGCGAGAGGUUUCAUCUUCAAAGUCCAAACCCUUCACCGUGAACAAAUCCGAUUCAAGCGAUCUAGAUGAUUCCACAGCCUGUUUAAUUCUCAAGUGGGCCCUUAAGACCCUCACAGAGAGCCCGUAUGAUAACAGCAACACCUUAACUGUUUUAAAAUGGGUACAUAGGAAUAUACUGCCUUGUGCAGACAUUGUAGAUGCUUUAGUAGCUGAUGAAAGCACAAGAAAGGACUUCCUUAGGCUUUAUCACCAUACAUGUCAGCACACAGCCCGAGAGCAAAGCUUCACAAUGGAGACCCAACAACUGUUCACUGAAAUCAUGAUUCAUUUAAUGAAGGCGAAGAGCAAUUCGAUGAGCGAUUUACACCAGACGGUGUUGAGAACAUGCUUGCCUUCAAAUGACGAUGAUGUGGCCAUAAAAGAAACGGGGUUAAAAUUGCUCUCUUUGUACAUCUAUGAGAUCUGGAGUGGAGCUCAGUCACCCGACCUCCUCCUGACCCAUGCCAGACUGCUGUGCCGAGAGAAUGGGACAAGCGUUAAAAAGUCCAAAUCACAUGUACUUCACAUGUGUCAACAAAUUCUGUCUGCUGUAAACUCGUAACAUUGCUUGGUGCAUUUAUGAGAUUCUUCCUGAAAAUUGUCACGAAAAAGCUGAGUGAAUCUGUUUUGUAAUUGUUUUAAAGAAAAAAAAAUGUAAAACAUGGUUUGUGUUUUAAUGGCUUGGAAUGAUUUGUAGGACAAAUCCAACACAAAUUAUAUUUAGACAAAUUAUACAAAUAGCUGGUAUGACAUUUAAAUUACAUUUGUUUAUAAACACUCAAAACUUUCAAGUGACUCAUAUAACUCCUCCACACACAAUAGCUUUAUAAGAAUCUCAAAAGUCCCGGGCCGGGCCUCGUUUACUUGCAUUUUAUGGAAACAAAUAUGAUAUUCUUUUACAACUAGGUUUAAGUCAUUUUGAAAUAUUUGUAUUAUUUUGUAUUAAUAAAUAUUAUUAUAACUUAUCAGCAUUAUAUCAUUGUAUCAAAGAGCGUCUUGUGAAAAUCCAGCUAAAGUAUUUCUGUGAUUUACUGUUUUCUACAUAAAAUCAUCCUACAUAAUGUAGAGAACAUUCUGUUAAAUAUAUAAACUUGACAUUUUUAAUAUUCACUGAGCAAGGCCAUGGCAAAGAUUGAAAUUAACGUAAAAGCAGUGACAGAAAUUAAACUUUGAUGCUCCAAUUCCCAUCAUUAGAUUGAGACUUUAGCCUGGAUUUCACAGAAGGCGUCACAUUAUGGGCAUAUAUUGGCUGCUAAAAGUCAGCAAAAGUUAUCAUAAUAUACAGUAGUAUAUGUCAAAUUAAAAUCCAUAAACUCACAGGUUAAUUGUGAAAUCGUGGUUUAAUGUAAGUUUUUUUUUUUUAAUAGUGAUUCAAUGGCACUUGUCACAUUUAAGUAAAGAUCAUUAUGAGUUUAAUUUCUCAUUGCCAGCAAACAGGAACAUUCAUUCAUAUCUUGUUCUGGGAGAUUCUUGAUCUUUCAUCAGUGGCAAGCCAGAUUUUUUAACACCAGGGCCCCUACACAAACAACGAAUCAAAAUGAAUGUCUCAACAUAAAAAUAUGAAUACAACAUUAAGUAUUGUUUAUCAAGCAUUUCAAUAAAAUGUCAUUUAUGGGGUGUGUUUCAGUCCUUAGAUAUUCAUCAAAUAUGGCCAAUUAACUCACUAGUUAGUGCUCUUAAUUACUACAUUAAACCAGGGAGCAGAUUAUGACAAACCCCCUGGACAUUUAAAAAAUCUGAAUGUUAUUGCAUUAUUGCAAAGUAUACACAUUGAAAUACUGUCUACAUAGUCUAAAGGUGAUUUUUCAUUUUUGAAAACCUAUUUAAUGUAAAGCUAAAUUUGUAAAAUUACUUUGUGAUUAUAUUCUUUAAAAAUAAACUGCAGUUGUUUUUUUAAAUAACUAAAAUACAUUUAUAUAUUUUAAGGUGAUAAAAUGCUUUUGGGGCCACGGGAAUCUAAUAAUUAGA